AUGGAUCUCCCGCAGCAACCUGUCUACGCGAUUAUUCCUUCACAAGGACCGUCAAUUGAGAGCGACCGACUACUGCUUCGGCCAGUAUGUGACUCAGAUGCCGAGGCACUGUUCGCUUUCCGCUCGCGGCCAGAGAUCGCAGAAAUGAACCAUCCCAAGGAACCACACAAGUCAAUUGAAGAAACGCGAGAAUGGAUGUCCACCAAAACAUUUUCAGAGGGGCCAUCAGAUGUCAUUGGUCGCUCUUUCCAUUAUGCCAUUGUGGACAAGUCAUUCUCCAAAACACAGCAGCGAGUCAUUGGCUCUCUCAGUAUCAGUCAAGUAGCCCCAUUUCCUGAGAUUGGAUAUGCGGUACACCCCGACGCUUGGGGAAAGGGUAUUGCAACGGAGGCCUUGCAGCUUCUAUUAAAAAUGUGGUGGGAUUUGCCACGUCGGACUGCGGAGGGUGACAGUGCCCACCCAGUUGAGGUAGAGAAGGUUUUCGCUCUUUGUGAGAAGCGGAAUCGCGGAAGCUGCCGGGUGCUGGAAAAAUGUGGUUUCAAGGUUGUGGGCGACUACCAACAUGAACAAGAUGAACUUUAUAUUUUUGCUUUGGAUCGGUCAUGA